AUGGCAGCGUGGCAACCGACGCAAGACGGGCUCAAUCAGAUCGUACAGCUGCUCAAGUUCAGCCAAUCUCCCGAUCAUGAUGUGCAGAAGCAGGUCAAUCAGCAACUUCAAUCGCUGCACAACAAUCCCGAGUACUACCGGUACUUGACGUAUAUCUUCACGAAGCUGCAAGAUCAGGAGGAGUACAUCCGCACGGUGGCGGGCCUCGUGCUCAAGAACAACAUCAGGGAGUACUAUCGACAGAUUCCUGAGGAAAUUCGCAACUACAUGAAGAAUGAGAUCAUCCAAUGCAUCGGCGACAGGAUGACUUCAAUCAGACGCACGGUGGGCACCAUCUUCACCACCAUCAUCGACGUCACAUCGAUGAAGGAGUGCCCGGGCCUCCUCCAGUACUUCCUUCAGCUCCUCAACACCAGCACGGAUGUGAACGUCAUCGACGGCACCCUCAGCGCCCUCCAGAAGAUCUGCCAGGACUCAGCAGAGAAAAUCGAAAACGACGACGCCGCGAUGGGCUCUCCGCUGCAGGCCCUCCUGCCCAAGCUCAUCUCCUUCUUCACUUCCGAGCACGAGGCCUUCCGUCGCUUCGCGCUCAGCUGCGUGAACAACUUCGUGGUGCCCAUGCCCACCGUGCUGGCGACCCACAUGGACGUCUACAUCAGGGGUCUGAAUCACCUGGCCAACGAUUCGUCGAACGAGAUCAAGAUUCUCGUGUGCCAGGGCCUUAUCACGCUGGUCGAGGUUCGCCUCGACUACGUGAAGCCGUACCUGCCGGCCUUCAUCGACUGCCUGCUGGUCAUGACCCGCGACGACGACGAGGCCGUCGCGCUCGAGGCCACCGAGUUCUGGCCCGUCAUCGCCGAGACCCGCAUGUGCACCGACAUCCUGCGGGCCAACCUCGGCCGCAUCCUGCCCGCGCUGCUCGACGGCAUGGUCUACACGGACAGCGAGAUCGCCGACUUUGACGCCGAGGAGGAGGACGAGAACGUGCCCGACAAGCCCCAGGACAUCAAGCCCUUCGUCUACGGCAAGCGCGGCGGAGACGGCGGCGACGAUGACGACGACGACGAUGGCGCCGACGACUACGAGCCGGAGGAGUGGAACCUGCGCAAGUGCUCCGCCGCCGGCCUUGACAUCUUUGCCAGCGAGUUCGGGGAUGAGAUUCUCCCCAUCGUGCUGCCCAUCAUCUCGUCGCGCCUGCAGAGCAGCGACAUCGCCCUGUGGCCCCAGAAGGAGAGCGCCAUCCUCGCCCUCGGCGCCGUGGCCGAAGGCUGCGGCUCCGCCAUCGAGAAGUUCCUCCCCGAGAUCAUCCCCUUCCUCCUCCAGCAGAGCAGUCACCCCAAGCCGCUGAUCCGGAGCAUCACGUGCUGGUCGCUGUGCCGCUACGGCGGGUGGAUCGCGGAUCAGCCGGAGCAGCAGAAGUUCAUGCAGCCGCUGCUGCAGCUCCUCCUCUCGCGUCUCCUCGAUUCGCACAAGCGCGUGCAGGAGGCGGCCGUGUCGGCGCUCGCCACCUUUGAGGAGAUCGCGCGCGAGCGGCUCGUGCCGUUCCUCGUGCCCGUGUGCCAGGCGCUCAUGGCCGCCUACGAGAAGUACCAGGCCAAGAACCUGCUGAUCCUCUACGACGCCAUCGGCACCCUCGCCGAGACGCUGGGCAACCAGCUCAACAAGGCCGAGUACGUCAACAUCCUGCUGCCGCCGCUCGUCAACCGCUGGAACCAGCUGCACGACGACGACCCGCGGCUCUUCCCGCUGCUCGAGUGCAUGAUGUACGUCGUCACGGCGCUCGGCGAGGGCUUCCUGCAGUACGCGCCGCCGGUCUACGCGCGCUGCCUGCGCCUGAUCGAGGGCACGAUCGCGGCCGAGAUGAACCAGGUGCCGAACCCGCCCGAGCGCGACUUCAUCAUCUGCUCGCUCGACCUCAUCGGCGGCCUCGUGGAGGGCAUCCGCGAGAAGCUCGACCCGCUCAUCAAGGAGAGCCGCCUCCUGGACCUCCUCUUCGUGUGCAUGAAGCACGAGAGCGGCGACGUGCGGCAGAGCGCGUUCGCCCUGGUGGGCGAGCUGUCCAAGUCGUCGCUCGGCCUGCUGGCGCCGUGCCUGGGCCAGUACGUGCCGGUCCUGAUCCAGAACAUCCACCCCGAGCACCAGUCGGCCUGCAACAACGCCGUGUGGGCCAUCGGCGAGAUCUCGAUGCGAGUGGGCAGCCAGAUGGAGCCGAUGGUGGUGCCUGUCAUGGGCAAGCUCAUCGAGAUCAUCAACUCCUACUACCCGCGCAACCUCAUCGAGAACGUGUCGAUCACCAUCGGCCGCAUGGGCCUCGUCUGCCCGCAGGCCGUGGCGCCCUACCUCGAGGAGUUCAUCGUGCCCUGGUGCAACUCGCUCCGAUGCGUGCGCGACGACGGCGAGAAGGAGUCGGCCUUCAAGGGCCUCUGCACCAUCAUCAAGGCCAACCCGCAGGCCGCCAUCAAGCACGUCACCCACAUCGCCGACGCCAUCGCCUCGUGGGACCAGCCCAAGCCCGAGCUCGCCCAGGCCUUUGGCCACAUCCUCCAGUCCUUCAAGGGUGCCCUCGCCCCCGACGUCUGGCAAGCCGCCACCGCCAGCUGGCCGCCCGGCCUCAAGGAGUUCCUCAACCAGCGCUACGGCAUCUGA